UACCUACUAUUGUGUACCUUAAGCUGAUCGAGCUGUAUCCCUGGCAAGAUGCUACAAGAUUAGCAUUAUAGCUGCGUUCGUCGCCUGGGGUACUUUUGUUGGACUCUUUCCAUCCCUUUGAGGCACUCCUUUUGGCGGACAGCAACCGGGAGUUAAUAGGCUGCCCCGGUGGAAGGAUGUUAAUGUGGUUUUGGCUUCCUUGAAGCGGCAAACUCAACUUGUCACCUGAGCCGGCCAACUGGCUAGCUUGUUAGCUAAGCUCGAGGUCGACGACACGCUGAGGCUGCACGGGGGUUUAUUCUGUCGGGAAUGUUUAGCUUAAUCUUUCGUUUCGGCUUAAGGUGGGGGUAGUACUGACGUAUUUUAGGUUAAAAUCCAUGUAAUUAUAGUGUAGUCAUCCACCCGAAUGGGGUGCCAUUAGGCUACAUGCUAGCAAGCGAGCUAGCUGUAUGUAACAUCGCUCUUACUAAAAAUACACCCUUGUCCUGUGGUGGGCUCGUCCGCUACAUUUUUGCCGUCUCCGUCUUUUAUGGUGACCUCGCCCGGUGUUUGGCACUCUACAUGGUCACUACGGUGGAGCCAAGCCGACAGGAAGAGCGAGCCGGAGCCCGAGGUGGUGAGUCGGGUUGGGCUGACUUGACGCCGCAUCGCACCAGCUGGAAGGUGUUGCUAGCGCGUUACUUUGUCCUCAUGUCCUGCCGUUAGUGGACAUAUAACGAGCCCUGGUCCACACCAGGGAUACAGGAGCGAGGCUUGUUGAAAGGUCAAGCAUAAAGUCUUUGUUUCCACUGUCAACUGUGUGAGAUCUUGCGAGGACAACCGUGCCAAGUGGAUCGUCAUGUCGGAAGAUAACAGCGCAGAUAACUUCAUCAAGGAAGCAUCCAUUCUUGAGGAAUACAACAUAAACUGGACACAAAAGCUAGGCGCUGGCAUCAGUGGACCUGUCAGAGUUUGUGUGAAGAAGUCAACACAGGAACGGUUGGCCCUGAAGAUCCUCAUUGAUCGCCCGAAAGCUAGGAAUGAGGUGCGACUCCAUAUGAUGUGCGCCAACCACCCAAACAUUGUGCAAAUCUUGGAGGUGUACGCCAACAGUGUCCAGUUCCCACACGAGUCCAGCCCGAGAGCCCGGCUUCUAAUUGUCAUGGAGAUGAUGGAAGGCGGCGAACUGUUCCACAGAAUCAGUCAGCACAGGCACUUUACUGAAAAAAUGGCCAGCGAAGUCACAAAGCAGAUCAGUCAAGCCUUGGAACACUGUCACUCCUUAAAUAUUGCACAUCGGGACCUGAAGCCAGAGAACCUGCUCUUCAAGGAUAACUCUUUGGAUGCUCCCGUGAAGCUGUGUGACUUCGGCUUUGCCAAAAUAGAUCAGGGGGACUUGAUGACACCCCAGUUCACUCCCUACUAUGUAGCACCUCAGGUACUUGAGGCUCAAAGAAGACACCAGAAGGAAAAGUCUGGAAUCAUACCUACCUCACCCACUCCUUACACCUACAACAAGAGCUGUGACUUGUGGUCUCUGGGCGUCAUCAUCUACGUGAUGCUGUGCGGCUAUCCUCCGUUCUACUCCAAGCAUCACAGUCGCACCAUUCCCAAGGACAUGAGAAAGAAGAUCAUGAUGGGCAGCUUUGACUUCCCUGAAGACGAAUGGAGUCAGAUCUCAGAGAUGGCAAAGGACAUCGUGCGCAAGCUGCUGAAGGUGAAGCCAGAGGAGAGGCUAACCAUCGAAGGAGUCUUGUCUCACCCGUGGCUCAACUGCACCGAGGCCCUGGACAACGUGCUGCCCUCCGCCCAGAUGAUGAUGGACAAGGCGGUGGUCGCAGGUAUCCAGCAGGCCCAUGCGGAGCAAUUGGCCAACAUGAGGAUUCAGGAUCUGAACAUCAGCCUGAAGCCACUCAACUCCGUCAACAACCCAAUCCUCAGGAAGAGGAAACUCCUUGGCCCCAAGCCCAGUGACGGUUUCUUCAUUCACGACCCAGAGAACGGAGGUGAGGACUCCAACGUAGCGCUGGAGAAACUACGAGAUGUCAUUGCACAGUGUAUUCUUCCACAGGCGGGAGAGAAUGAGGACGAGAAGCUGAACGUGGUGAUGCAUGAAGCCUGGCGGUUCAACAGAGACUGUAAACUGCUGCGAGACGGCCUGCAGGGCCUCAGUUGGGACGGUCGAGCGUUUUCCGAUAAGGUGGAUCGCUUGAAGUUGGCCGAAAUCGUAAAACAGGCCAUCGAAGAGAGGACAAAUCUGGAAGAGUCUCACUAGCGAAUGUCUUUCUAUUGAUCGUUUUUAUAUUAUCUUUUUAACAGGGCUUUUAUAAAAAGUCAAAUGUGCUUUUCCUCCCCAUGGAUUCAUUUGCAAGGCCUAUUGUACAGCUGUUUAAAAAAAAAAACUUGGUACUUGCAAAGAAAAAAAAAAAACUAUAUUUUCAUUUUUGCAAAAAAAAAAGAAGAGAAAAAUCAAUGUGAGAAGUUAUUUUCUUGGAGGGAAUUUUUAUUCGCAGCUUGUAGUGAUUUAUUUUAUCCCAGUGAUUUCAUUUCUUUUAACUUUCCAAACAGUUUUAUUUAUUUAAAGAAAAAGUUCCAUUAUUUAUAUACUGUUUUUUUGUCGUUUUUGUUUUGGUAGCCUGUGAGCAGGCUUUAAAGAAGAAUUCUGAUUUUUAUGCACAUUAUACGUUUUAGACCUGUGUUCAUGUCAGUGUGAGUCCCUCUCUUAAAGCUGCAAAGAGACGCUUAGAAUAAGAUCCAACCAGACAUCAACCAUGAAGGCUAGUCGUCCUCCCAGCAAAUCAGCUUUUGACAUCAAAUCUUACCUACUUGAGUUGCCAACAGCAUCUUGAGCUUCCUCCUUCCGCUCUUCCUUAAUGUGUCACCCUACUUCUUGGACCCUUCCAUGGACAUACAGAAGAUUCUUGUAGCUGUCUCUAGUGGUAAAGUCAUGAUUCAGCCUUAAACGUUGGCUCUUUUUUUUUUUUAUAUUUAAAAAAAAAAAAAAUAAUAAUUUUAUAUGAUUUGUUUCAAACUGUUCAAGUGGAAAUGUUUUGAGUUAGACAUCCUGCUGCUUGACUAACUACAAAGAAAUGUGUUUUCUUUGGUAGUGGACGUCUAUCCUCAAAUCUCAAAUAGAAGUCCCUACUCUAAUAGAUGCCAUGCCCCGAUUCGUCGCCGGGUGCGUCAUCCACUUAAAGCAUUUAAAUGACUCCCUUCUCAUCUUGGUGAGAGACGCUAUCGUUCACACACUGCUAUGCCCUUUUGAACUCUGUUAACCAAAACAGCAGCACCUACUGAAGCACUUAAGUCUAUGAUGAAAUGAAGUACAUAAUCUUACUGUUUGUGAACAAGUUCCCUGCACAGUAUUGAUAAUCUCCUUAAAACGCCAGUUUGAUAUAAUGCACAAGUAGCAUUGUUUAAUAGUAUUCUAAAAAUGCCUUUGUACAAAUAAAGGUCUGCCCCCCAAUAUACUCCUCCUCCAAUCUGCUGCAAGUAAAUAAAUAAAGCCCCCAAUACUAUGGAGUCAUGUUGCUGUGAUCAUAUCCCUACCAAGUCUUGUCCAUAUAUGGUCAUGUCCACAUCAAUGUGCUAAUGCCCAUAUUAUGGAGGCAUGGCCACAUAUGGUAGGUCCAUGUACACAUGUCGUCGUGUCAACAUAGGAUAGUAUGGAGUCAUGUCAAUUUAUGGUGUGCCAAUGUCCAUACUAUCAAAUCAUGUUGAAAUAGUCAUGUCCACAUGUGAUGUCCAAAAAUGAACAUGUCCAAAUGUGGUUACAGCCAAGCGGCCUUGUACAUAUAUGGUGAAGUCCAUGUGUUAAUGUCCAUAUUAUUGUGUGUGUGUGUAUGUGUGUGUGUGUAUAUAUAUAUAUAUAUAUAUAUAUAUAUAUAUAUCGUGUCCAAGUGGUCGCAUCCACAUUUGCUAAUUUACACGUGGUCAUGUAUGUGUGCUGAUGUUCAUAAUAUGGAGUCAUGUCCACAUGCAUGGUCAUGCCCAUACCAUGCUGGUCACAUGAGCCAGUGUGGCGUUUCUAUGGCGACGGGCUGAGCCAGCAGAACCCUGCAUGUCUGAAUAUUCACAGCUUCAUUGUUUCUUCAUGACUUUGUUAAUGGAUACAAAUUAUCUAUAUGGGAUAAUUCUUCCACACACAUUUUCACUGGAUUUUCCUUUUUCAAUCUGUUGCUGUAUAAGCAUGUCCAAUGUCUUUGGAUAUGAUCAGAUAAAGUGAAGGAUAAAAUAUUCCACUACUUUACCAACACUACCUUUAAAAAAAUGAAAUUAUUUCUUCUGUUUACAUUCAUCAUUAGUGAAACUUUUGUAAACCGCUUGUUAGGAUUAGGAUUUUUAUUUCUUUUUGUUCUGCUCCAGAUUAUUUGGAGGAUUUUUUUUUUUUUUUUUACAAAUGUGACUCCCUUUAAAUCUCCUGGACAACCAUAAAACUAUUUUUAAGGCCUUAUUGCACAAGCAAAUGUGCCUUGGGAACUUUUCUUGAGUACAAAAUUGUUCAUUGUUUUGUAUUUUACUAAAAAUAUAAAUCAUUCCACAAAUGGGCUAUUUUUUUUAAUGGGUUUCACAUUUCUUGGGGGAGUGUAACUCAUUAAAAAAAACAACAUUACUAAUUGAGCUUUUUGAGCAUAUUAUUCAAUACCAUAAAAUGAUCUUGUACCAAAAGUAUCAAUGUUUAAAAAAAGUAGCACAAGCCCAUCAUGGAAAUCUUUACAUAUUUCUGCCUUCUCUGGAAUGUCUUCAACUUGUUGACUUUGUAAUAAAAAAGACUUUUCAAGA